AUGACCACCACCCUCCUCGCCACUACGCCGCCACUCCAGACCUUCUCGCACAAGCAGGUUGCGGCCUUUUUCUUUAAGCCCGAGCUUGACAGCGAGGGAGAGCUGACAGGCUACCAAACCUGCAAGUCCUGCGGGAAAUGGCGCAAGCAUGCGCCGAAGAACGGCUACACGAACCUAGUGACGCAUGUUCGCUCAGCCCACCUGAGUUUUGAGAUGGAAAUGCGUGAUGCCAGCGCUGCCGCGACGGGAACGCUCGUUCCGUGGGUGAGCCAGAAGGCAUCGGACCGCUACGCGUGGAUUAAGUGGGUUGUCGAAGGCAAUCUACCCCUCUCAUUUUGCGAGUCAAAGGAAACACGCCGAUACACAAAUUUAGCACCAGUGUCUGUGGGCACACUAGUCUCCAAUAUGGAGGACGUAACUAAAGCCGUGGAGAGAUCCAUCGGUCUCGACAUGCCCACAGAGUUUGGGCUCAUGUUCGACGGCUGGAGCCACGGAACAGAACACUAUUUGGCUGUGUACGCGUGCUACGACGGGCCGAGUGGCCCAUGCUACCCUCUCCUGUCCAUGGCCCCCAUUAUGGACGAGCCUGACGACCAACUGGGUGCGGAGGGGCACCUGAUUGCAAUUGAGCGCUUCCUACCUUUUUUUGGUAAGACAAUUGAGGGGUGCAAAUUUAUCGUUGGCGAUAACUGUUCUGUAAACAAGCGCCUGGCCAACAUGAUGGGGGUGCCUCUAGUAGGCUGCGCGAGUCAUCGCUUGCAGCUUGCGGUGCGCGACUACCUUACACCUCAUGAAGAUGCGCUUGAAGAAAUUCAAAUUUUGAUGCGCAAACCGCGGACGCUGAAGCAGGCUGCAAAGUUGAGGACCAAAACGCCUCUGAUGCCCGUACUGCGUCAGGCCACACGCUGGUCCUCCACGUUUGCGAUGCUGAAGCCCGAUGAUGAAGAAAUCUCAGACCUGCUGCCUUCGCGUAUGACGCACCGCAAGCUGGACGGCGUGUUGUCCGAGCUUCGGUGCGUCAAGUCAGUGUCCAAAAUGCUACAGUCCGAAGGUCUCACUCUACUUGAUGCACGCGACCUUUUUGACGGGCUCCUGGAAGCUCGGCCAUCAAUGGCCAGAUAUCUCAUUCAAGUUGCUUUCAAUACUUAUUUACAAAUGUCUAACCAAAAUGUAUGCGUUCAUUAUACUUUAGCACCGAACGCCGACAUUGUGCAUUCGCCUGAGUUUGAGGCUGCUGUGGUGAAGGUUCUGGCGGGAAAACAGGAGACGUUGGUUGACGAUGAAGCAGUUAUCCUAGAGCCCUUUCUUCAGCGCGAAGUGCCCCCAAACGCGUCGGCGGAGUCACCAUCGGAAGAAGAGGGCUUCGCCGAGCAUAUUCUCAAGCGUCGACGGAUUUCCAGCGAACCUCCUACCUACAAAUUGCUCCGCUCUAUUCCUCCAACCUCCAACGCAGUAGAGAGGCUAUUCAGCAUUGCUCGUGCUGUUCUACGUCUCGAGCGCCAUCGUUUGUCGCCGAUGACGCUCGAGAUGAUCCUGUUUUUAAGGAUCAACUCGGCUUACUGGAACGUUGCAACCGUUGAUAGCUGCGUGUAA